AUGAAUAAAUAUGCUUUAGAAGAAUAAGAAAUUUUAAAUGAAAUUAUUGAUCAAAUAUUUUCAUCUAACUUUGCAGAAACUAAAAAUAUUGCAGAAGAAAUCUAUAAAGUAAAAAGACUUAUUUCAUUGGAAUAAUACUUACCUAAUAUAUGUGGAUUUUAUGCACUUUAUAAUACAUAUUUUGAAAUCAAUCACAAUAUUGCCCUAUUUUGGAAAUUCUACUUUGAAUUAAUUAAAUUAUUAAACCAAACCUUUGAAGGGGAUUUUGAAAAUUUUGAUGAAUUAUAACGUUAUCAUCUUGAUUACAUAUUGAAUAAUAAGAUUGUAUAAUAACUCUAAGUAUAUUAAGAUUUUGGAAAUAAAAGACAAAAAGAAAUAAUACAAUUAUUUUAUGGUUGUGAUAUAAUUUAAAAUUCAAUAGAAGAGUUAUCUAUCAUCUAGGAAUAAUUUAACAAAUUAAGAUAAUAAUAGAUAUCUAAUUUAACUUUAAUUUGUGGAAUAACAAUACAUUACUUAAUUAUUGAUUUAAAAUGGGAGGAAAACUAAUUAAAUAUUUAUUUGAUAGAUUCUCAAAAUGAUAGUUUAACUAAACUUUUUAAUAAACAGAUUAUUUUCGAUUAAAAUCUUUCAUUAGAAAAGAGAAGAAGAAGAAGAUAUAAAAUAGAUUUAAGAAAUCUAAUUAUGAUUCUUUAAAGAUUAUUAAUUGGAUAAGAUAUAGUUGAUAUUUAUUUAGAAUAUGCAAUAAAUGCUUUAAGGGAUAGUUUUGAAGAAUAUGCAUAAAGAAAAUAAAUAAAAGAAUGGAUUAUUGAGGAGUAUCCCUUACCAGUAAUAAAACAUAUGAUAUUUAAUGUUGCUAAAUAAUUUAAUAAAUAACUUUAAAAGAUGUCAUGGAUAUUAGAGUAUGAGAAUGAAGAAUUAAAUGAAUUAAAGAAUUAAUUAAAUACUUUUAUUUGA